AUGCCCUGUGGUGUGAAAUCAGCUUCUUUGGAGACAGAAUAUGGUAACAAGUUUAUUGCAGGAGGCAAAUCAUAUGCCUCGGGAUGUGAAGACGGGACCAUUAGAAUAUGGCAGACUGGUCCAACUAACAAUGCCGAGCAAGAAGCUUCUGGUCCCAGUUUAUCCAAUAUUGUUACUCAGCACAUUGAGAAUGUGCACAUCACAGAUGAAGAUAGACCCGAUCAAAAGGCGACAGAAGCUAAAUAA